GCCGCCGUUCCUCCCGGAGCCCCGCGAUGCUCCGCCGCCGCCUGCCCCUGCUCGGGCCCGGGCUGCUGCUGCUGCAGACGGUGUGCGCUGGCGGUCACAUCCCCAAGACCUUGGGCUACCUGGAGAUGGGCACCUCCGGCCUCCUCAAGGACGUGCCCUACGGCACCCUGAAGCCCCCGGCGCUCGACCCCGGGCGGCUGAUCCCGGCAGAGCCCCCCAGGGGCGCGGGGGCACCGGCGGGCACCGGCCGCAGCCCCUGGGACUGGCAGAAGAACCAGACGGCCGGGGAGCUGCUGAGCCCCCGCUCCCACCGCAAGCCCACCCUCAAAUCCAGCCGCACCAAGAAGAUUUUCGGUUGGGGAGACUUCUACUUCAACAUCAAAACGCUCAAAUUCAGCCUCCUGGUGACGGGCAAGAUCGUCGACCACAUCAACGGCACCUUCAGCGUCUACUUCCGACACAACUCCUCCAGCCUGGGCAACGUCUCCGUCAGCAUCGUGCCCCCUUCCAAGGCGGUGGGCUUCGAGGUGCUGGUGCCAGCGCUGCCACGACCACCGCCCCCUCCCCAGCAGAGCACCCUGCCCGAGGGGCGCCCGGCCAAGGCGCUCAAUUGCCACGUGGAGUACGAGAAGACGAACCGGGCGCGGAAGAACAAGCCGUGCCUCUACGACCCGUCCAAGGUGUGCUUCACGGAGCACACGCAGAGCCACGCGGCCUGGCUGUGCGCCAAGCCCUUCAAGGUCAUCUGCAUCUUCAUCUCCUUCCUCAGCAUCGACUACAAGCUGGUGCAGAAGGUCUGCCCCGACUACAACUUCCAGCACGACAAUCCCUACUUCGGCUGACGGGGAAGGGGGUGGGUGGGGGACAAGGGGGGGUUUUGGUGGCACUCGGGGUCUCCUGUCACCCCCGCGGCAGCCUCCUCUUCCUCACUCUGUGCUGGGGGUCCUGGACCCCCCCCAAUGCCAUCCCAUCACUGGGAUUGAGUUGGCUCUGGGGGUUGCAGGUUUGCCCCCCCCACCCAAAAUGACAUCCCAUCCCUGCAGCACAAGGGGGUACAGCCGGUUCUGGGGGUCCCACCCACCCAGUUCUGGGGGUCCCACGCACCCACUGAGACCCCAACACUGAGGAGCCCAUACUGGGGUAGAGCUGGUGCUGGGGGUCCUGGACCCCCACACAGAGACCCAUCAUUGGGGUACACUGGUCUGGGGGACCCACAUUGACCCAUCAUUGGGGUACACCUGUUUUUGGGGGUCCCCUCCACUCCUGAGACUCAUCAUGGGGGUACACCUGGUCUGGGGGACCCCCUUUGAGACCCAUUCCCGGGGUACACCUGUUCUGGGGGUCCCAGCCCCCUGAGACCCAUCAUUGGGGUACACCUAUUUUGGGGGUCCCCUUUACCCACUGAGACUCCAUCCCCGGGGUUCACCUGUUCUGGGGGUCCCCCAUUGAGACCCCCCCCUCUUCCUGGGGUCCCCUCUGUGCCCUGAGACCCAUCAUUGGGGUACACCUGUUCUAGGGGACCCCCUCUGAGACCCAUCAUUGGGGUACACCUGAUCUGGGGGACCCCUCCAUCCCCUGAGACCCAUCACUGCAGCCCCCCGUUCUGGGGUACACCAGUUUUUGGGGGUCCCCUCCAUCCCCUGAGACCCAUCAUGGGGGUACACCUGGUCUGGGGGACCCCUCCAUACCCUGAGACCAUCAUUGGGGUACACCUGUUUUUGGGGGUCCCCUUCACCCCCCGAGACCCCUCCCGGGGGUUCACCUGUUCUGGGGGUCCCCCAUUGAGACCCCACCUGUUUUGGGGGUCCCCUCCACCCCCCGAGACCCCUCCCCGGGGUUCACCUGUUUUUGGGGGUCCCAGCCCCCUCCCCCACUGACCCCCCCUCCUUGCAUCCUGUGCUGGCAAUCCCGGACCCCCUCCCCACCCACUGAGACCCCCACCCACCCCCCAAACCCACCCCUGCCCCACCCAUCGGGUACAACUGGUGCUGGGGGUCCCACCCCCCCCCCCCCGCUCAC